AUGGUUGCUGCGAGGCAUGCCAUGACCUCUUCUGAAGUUGGAUCCGAGAACUACGGAGCUCUACCAUCCUCGUACCGCCGCGUCCGGAAGUCGAAAUCUCUUGUGGUGUUACCCAGCGGCAACCUUCGACUGCGACUUCAACGGUCCCUCCCUUUCCUGCGACGCCAGAGCGCGACCACGUUCUACAAUGGCGCAGACGGGGCGUGGGGGAGACACGACGAAGCAGUGCAGAUUGCUCGAGCGCAGUUUCUAGAUGGCUCUGGUUGUCAACCCCGGCAAGAGACAGAACAGCAAACGCCUCGGAAGGUGAAGAGGAAGGCGCAGCACAAAUUCAGAAAGACUGUUCGGGCCAGCGGGUUCCGCGAGACUGAUCAGCCCGCAGAAACCGCAGUCCCAAGAUCCUUCUCGCUGGGCUUUCGCGAUCGAGUUCGCAAAGUCCUGGGGAAAUCGCUGAGCAAAAAGGAUAACCUGCCUCCACAGCAACUGGAGGGCCGGCGGAACCACUUCUCUGAGUUUGACAAGGAAUCUACGCUUGUCAGCGGAUUCGACGCAUACCAAAUCAUCGACGAUGAGCUCACGCCGCGUCAGAGCGGAUGUUCCCAGCCUAUCCUCGAACAUGAUCCGCUCGAAGACUUCGACAAGGUGCCGUACACUGUACAUUCAGCUGCAAGUCGUGAAAGCCUUCAUUCCAACGCACGAUCUCGAAUCACGAGCUGGACCAACUCUAGCAUAACAGGCUCCAUCGGUCUGCGGUCUGGUCCUAUAGAGCGCAAUCGGCUAUCAAUCAUCAAAGAAGAUGGUGGUCCGCACCAACCUUCGUCAUCUGCCGGAAAACAUAUUGGCGGGGUGGAGGUUUUUCAUGAGCCAUUGCAGUCAGUCACGAACGACGGCCGGACGUUACCGGCUGUGGAUAGUCAACGAAUCUAUUCAGCAUUGAUCAAACGAAUCAACCAGGAAGAAGCCGAAGUCGAGAGAACGAGAAUUGCUCUGGAAGCCAUCAACCAAGGGCGCAAGGAGAUGAACCAUGAAGUCUCGGACUUGAAAGCCACCAUCAGAGCUGUUCAGAGCGAUUCUUCGCUGUCCACAAUGACCGGGAACAAUCCGAACCGGCGAACCAGCAGCCAUUCUGGCUCGUGGCACCAAUCUAUUGGUAGGGGGAGGACGGAUGAGCAACAUAGGGAGAUUGCUGAUAAGCGACGAGAGCGGCUGACGGAACAGGAGUCACAGUCGACCUUCUUCCCCUUCUCGAGUGAAAAGAAUCCGAACACUCCAAGUCCUUUCAAGAGGUUCCUGAACGAGAGGCGUCGUCGCAGCCGAAGCGGCAGCAGUCGUGGCGAUCAGGCAGAUCUGGACAGCAACAGCGUUAUCGUCAAUCGUCAAUCGAGCAAUUCCGUGAUGAACCGCCCUCAAUUCGGUCUGAGCAGUGCCAGCAUCUAUUCACGGACAACAAAUGGCGGAUCUAAUGAACAAUACCACCGGCCAUUCGACAGCUCGGAAGAACUGCGUAUAGCUGGACCCACAGAGUCCGAACAGGCAGGCACGGCAACCAUUUUGGCAACAACGUUUACUUCUUCCAUGAACAGCCGAUGGAAUCCUUGGUCGGAGACUCUGAAUCGCCGCGAGCAAACAACAGCUAGCAAUUCAAGUUCGCACACGCGAGGAAGAGCUCAGAUCAACUCGGAAGAGGAGGACAACAGAUGUGACGAAGAGGGGGCCUCCGGGACAUUCGCGAAGUCAGCAGAUCGCCAUAUCCCGGUGCGUCGAUAUCUAGGAAGUUUCGGUGAUGUCCCAGGAGCCAGCACCCCGAAAGUGCGGAGCGGCACUGCUUCCGGUAGGCCUCACACCGAUCUGCUCAAAAGGGUCAGCGCCGACGCCUUAAGUAGCAUUUCCAACAAAGCCGAGGAUGGCAGCAAGGGAAGUGGAAGUCUGCGAAAACUGAGUCCCGGAAACCUCACCAAGCUCUUCAAAGAGAAGAGGAGCCAGAGACCAGUUAGACCUCAAAGCGCCGGCAAAGAAAACAGUCCGACGGUUCAAGCAGACUCUCCGCCAGUCAGCACACCGGGAAGACUGCAUCUCCAGUUCCGCAAUGGGACCACAAACGGCCGAUUACGCAAGAAGGUUAGUGAUGGCGGAUUUCAUUCUCGAAAUCUGUAUUCAACCCCCCAUGGUUCUAUCUCAACCACGCCCAGCCGUUCACAUGAAAGUCCCAGCGAGAAUGCCAAGGACCUCUUAAAGGCCCGACUAAGCCGGCCGUUUAAUAUGGAUGUCCCCCCCCACAAUCGUCCAUUUGACAGUAUGUAUUUGGGCAAGAGAACACCUGGCCACCCAGACACGUUUGGGAGCAGCCGGUUGAGCGUGGCACCUCGAACGAUGUUAGACGGGGGCGGCCUGGAUAUGCCGACUGAUCUAGACGGCGUGGCUGAAGGGGAGACGGCGUUACCGUCCCGAUCAUACUCGGUGGGGAAAAGUGCAGCUAAAGUGUUGGGUCUCCUAGGCAGCAAGAGAAUGGUCAGCAGCUUUCUGAGAAGCCGAAGAGGAGAAAGAAGUACAAGUGCAGGUGAACAUAGUUUGGGCGAGGGAAGCCCGGCAUUCAUCUAG